AUGUUCUACUACGAAGACGGAACCCAUGUCUUCCAGGCUCAAAGUUCACUAUUCAAAGUCCAUAAGAGUGUUCUCUCCGACAAAUCCAUCGCCUUUAAGUCUAUGUUUGCUGCACAAGACAGAUUUGAACUGUUUCUGUCCGUGUGCUACAACAAAUGGCGCCCAGAUACUUCACAGGCAUCCGAAACCACCCUUCUUCAGCUCCUUGAGCUUAGUUGCAUGUAUGAGUCCAAGGACGUCCGUGAACACGCCAUCAAGCAACUCGCCUCUCGCUGCUAUACCAUCAAACCUAUCACACUGAUCUCCAUUGCCCUAAAAUAUCAUAUCAAGGACAUCUUCUGUUACGCAUUCAGACAGCUCAUCCCAAAGCCUAUAAACGAACUCAACCACGCCGAUUAUGAGCUUCUUACUGUCCCUGUAUGGAUGACGCUCCUCAGAGUCAAGGAUCCUCAGCCAUACAACUCUGCGGUCAAGCAAUUUGAAGGUCUUAGCUAUGGGAGUGUCGACCCCGAGUGUUGGAGAGUGAUGCUCACUCUUGUCAAGGAGGGAAAGGCAUUUCAGCACGAAGAUGAUCUCAUUUACCGCACAGCUCGGGGACUGGCAGAGUACUUGAUCCACGAACCCUUCUUCGGCGAUGAUAUAGACAUGUGA